UCAGGAUUAUUAAAAAGGAUACGGCCAUUCCUUAUUUGCAAUUUAUGUUUCCGGACUCUUCGAUCAAGCUCCAGCGGCUCAAUUUCUCUCGUUUCUUCGUUUCUAACACCAUUCAUCUUCUUUGAAUUCUUCUUCCCCAAUCGACGACAAGGGUACCGUUUUAAUCAUCGACAUGCCAAAGAUUAGAAGGGCAAGCUCUUUGUCUCUGGAAAAAAGUAGGACAUCUCCUUAUCCAAUCAGCCAAAAUCACAUCGAGCCGUCUGAAAAUGUUAAUUCCUUAGAAUCAGCUCAAAAUGUGAAAGAAUGGGAGCAAGCUAGGUGCCCCAUCUGCAUGGAACAUCCCCACAAUGCUGUUCUUUUAAAAUGUUCCUCUCAUGAUAGAGGUUGCAGGCCUUAUAUGUGCAACAACAGCUACCGUCACUCGAACUGUUUUGAACAAUUCUGUAAGUUAUAUGGACAAAUCCCUUUAAUUACCGAAUUGCAAGAAAUUCCUUUUACACAUGUAGUCUCUCACAGACAUAUGGUUGAAUGUCCACCUUCUGUACAAAAUGGACAUGGUAGGGAUCAGCUUGCAUCGGAGUUGGUUUGCCCACUUUGUCGGGGCAGUAUAUAUGGCUAUAUCGUGGUAGAGCCUGCUCGCCAAUAUAUGAAUUCCAAAGUAAGGAGUUGUUCAUCAGAAAUUUGUGAUUUUAGCGGGACAUAUUCUGAACUCAGGAAACAUGCCAGGUCUGAACAUCCAUAUGUCCGGCCAUCAGAGGUGGACCCAGUGCGCCGCCGUGAUUGGGUAAGAUGGCAGCGUGAAAGGGAUUUUGAGGAUGUUCUUAGUCUAGUGCAGUCUAACUAUGCUGUUGACGGUGAUGAAGAAAAUUUUACAAGGGCUAUUAGAUUUUGGAUGUCAUCCUUUGUAACUGAAAUGUAUGAUUCACUCAUGGACUUGCUUUCAGACAGUAUGUUGGAUGCUUUGAGAGACUUAGAGUCUUUGCAAGACAGAAUGGAGAAUGUGCAACAUGAUCUCAAUUUGAAUAUUUCCACUGGAGUUGGAAACAAUUCGUCGUUGGAGACUAGACCUUAUUCCCAAUAUGCACGAAGGCGGGAUUUUGGAUCAUCUCAUCAUAUGCCUCGUGCUAUUCAGCUGCAUGGACAGAAUCAACGGCAAAGGGCGGUGGAGAGUAUGUCUCAAUCCCGACGAUUGCGUUGGCGGAGUCAGUCUUCAUUUGAUAGACACCAAAGAUCAUUUGAGAGUACAUCACACACCCCUGAACCACGUAGGCAACACGGAAGCAUGUACAAAAAUUCUCCUCAUGCUUCUCGGCUUCGUUGGCGAAAUCAGAGGUGGUCAUCAUCAAACCGCAACGAGAGGUACAAUACACUAUGAGUUCCAAACAAGUUUAGCAGCAUUUAUGAUCCUGCAUUUGGCUGUGAAUUAGAAUUUCGAAGGGUAGGUGACCGAAUUCUUUAGAAUCUGACAAACAUUUGACGCUGCUUUACAGGUGACAAAACCGGGCUGCAGGUUGUUCAGAUUUUUCUUUUCCACUCAUAAUUUCAGUUUCAUGUUUAUUACUUAAAGCCAGAUUUGAAGAACAUUUUAUGGGAUUAUUUCCUUUUGGUUUUCUCACGUUGCGUGGAGAAGAACAGCCUUUAUUUAUUAUUAUUAUUAUUAUUUUUGGCUAAGAAAUCGUAAGAAUUGAUAAGCUAUUUCCAUAUUACACUUGUUUAUUUACUUUU